AUGCCGGCCUACUGCAUGAACGUCGAAGCUGAAGUCAAUAGGAAGCCAUGGUACCAUGAUAUCAAAGCUUAUAUCAAAGAUAGUGAAUACCCACUAGGCCACAAACAAUGGGAAGAAGUUCAUCAGAACAUCAUUUGCCGCUACGGCAUACUAGGAGAGCUCAUUACCAAUAAUGGGAAAAACCUAAAUGGAAAAAUGAUCGAGAAACUUUGCCAACAGUUCAAGAUUGAACACCAGAAUUCAGUUCCUUAUCGUCCUCAAAUGAAUGGUGCAGUAGAAGCCGCCAACAAAAACAUAAAUAAGAUCUUAGUGAAGAUGACAGACAAGUAUAAGGAUUGGCAUGAUUUCUUGCCAUUUGACUUGUGCGCCUAUCGCACUUCUGUUCGUACUUCCACGGGUGCAACCCCAUAUUCCUUGGUCUAUGGCAUGGAAGUCGUCCUCCCCACAGAGGUAGAGAUCCCAUCUCUCAGAAUCUUAUCAUAG